ACGCAACAGGCCCUUCCUCUCAGGACUUUCCAAGUUUUCUGCAACAACAAACACAGGAUUUCCAAAAUAUCUCCACACUUCUGCUUUUUUAAAGUGUCGCCGGAGAUGAUUUGCUCUCUCAGAUCGGUCUACGGAGCCUGAAGGAGUUACUUUCGUUAUGUGGCUUCCCUGCAGAUGCGCUCUGAAGUCCGCAGCUGCUUCCUUCAGUCGGAGCGGCGUUUUCGAGCCUCCGUGCCUGAAUGUUGUGCGUCGAAGCAGCGGGAACGUCGCGGCGUUCAUGCCGGAGGCUGCGGGCUUCCUGGGGGUGUCGGGCCGCGACGCGCUGCAGGACUUCUCGGUCUCCGACGGCGACGGCUUCUGGGCCGCCGUGGCCCGCCAGAGGCUGAGCUGGAUCCGGCCCUUCCACCGGGUCCAAGACUGUGACCUGAGCCGAGGGAGGAUCAAGUGGUUUGAGGGAGGGCAGCUGAACGUGUCCGUGAACUGUUUGGACCGCCACGUGCACACAUGCCCAGAGAGGGUGGCCCUGAUCUGGGAGAGGGAUGAGAAGGGGUCAGAGGUCAGAUACACCUACAGAGAGUUGCUGGAGAUGACGUGUCGCGUGGGGAAUCUGUUACGGCGGCACGGCGUGAAGAAGGGGGACUGCGUUACCAUCUACAUGCCCACCUGCCCCCUGGCCGUGGCGUCCAUGUUGGCCUGCGCCCGCAUCGGAGCCGCUCACAACGUGGUGUUCGCUGGCUUCAGCGCGGACGCUCUCGCGGAGCGAAUACGAGACGCCGAGUCCAGCACCGUCAUCACGGUGAACCAGGGCCUCAGGGGGGGGAAGGUCACGGAGCUGAAGAGGACGGUGGACGCAGCGGUGCAGAGUUGUCCGUCUGUACGGCGGGUGUUUGUUGCCAUGAGAACAGACAAUCCGGUCGCCAUGACAGCCAGGGACAUCCCCAUGGACGAGGAGAUGCUGAAGGAGGACGUGGUGUGUGAACCUGCAGUGAUGGACAGCGAGGACGUCUUGUUCCUGCUUUACACGUCUGGCAGCACCGGGAAGCCCAAAGGCCUCGUCCACACACAGGCUGGGUACCUGUUGUACGCUGCCCUCACACACAGGUACGUCUUCAACUACCACGACGGCGACGUUUUCGGCUGUGUGGCAGAUAUCGGCUGGAUCACAGGACACAGUUACGCCGUCUACGGACCCCUGGCCAACGGAGGAACCACGGUUCUCUUUGAGAGCACUCCGGUUUACCCUGACCCAGGAAGAUACUGGGACAUGGUCGAGCGGCUGAAGGUUAACCAGUUCUACGGGGCUCCCACAGCAAUCCGCCUCCUCAUUAAGUAYGGAGACCAGUGGGUGAAGAAGUACGAUCGCUCCACCCUCAAAACGCUCGGCUCUGUUGGUGAACCAAUCAACACUGAAGCRUGGGAGUGGUACCACAGGGUGGUCGGGGAAGGACGCUGUCCUGUGGUGGACACCUGGUGGCAAACUGAAACAGGUGGCAUCUGCAUCGCCCCAAAGCCAUCAGAUCCAGAUGCAGAGAUUGUCCCUGGGAUGGCUAUGAGACCCUUCUUUGGCAUUAAGCCAGUGCUCAUGGACACUGAGGGCAAAGUGCAGACUUCCAACAACAUAUCUGGUGCUCUGUGUAUAGCUCAGCCUUGGCCUGGUAUGGCCAGAACUAUUCACAACCACCACCAGAGAUUCAUUGACACCUACUGCCAGCCUUAUCCCGGUUACUUCUUUACCGGUGAUGGUGCCUAUCGUUCCGAGGAGGGGUACUACCAGAUCACAGGACGCCUUGAUGAUGUCAUCAACGUGAGCGGUCACAGGAUUGGGACGGCAGAGAUAGAGGACGUCGUGAACCAGUGUCCUUCAGUAGCUGAGUCAGCUGUCAUAGGUUAUUCUCAUAACAUCAAAGGUCAAGGUGUGUACGCUUUCGUGGUGCUCAAAAAAGGUGUAAACGUUCAGGAGGCGGAUUUGUCCAAGCAGCUGAGCAACAUGGUGUCGGAAAAAAUCGCCAAGUACGCUUGUCCGGACUUUAUUCAGUUUGUGAAACGUCUGCCGAAGACCCGCUCGGGUAAGAUCAUGCGGCGGGUCCUGCGGAAAGUGGUGGAGUGCGACCUGGACGGUUUGGGGGACCUCAGCACUCUGGAUGAUCCUGCAGCGAUUCAGGAGAUUAUUCAAGGCCACGAAAAGCUCUUAAGAAAAUGACGAGCCUUAGAAACAAAACAUUCCAAUCUAAUCAAAACUAUGAAGAUUACCACAUUUCAUAUUGCUGCAUUUUAAUUAACCCAACCUGUGCCUUAAAAAAAAACCUUUUUUAGUGACUAUCUGAACACUAUGAGAUUAAUUUGCCCUUAAACUGUGAAAUGCACAGAUGUACUUUGGUUUUUUAAUAGAAUUUUAUCAAAGAAGAUUGUUUUUUUAAACUCAAAUUAACACCAGACCAUUUGAACAUAAGGCAAUAAAAGGCUAUUUCACAAUAAUAAACAUAUCAAAACUGAAAAA